AUGGCUCUCAUUGAAACAAAAGUUAAGGUUAACAAGCUUUCAGCUAUAGCAAAAAAGUUACAUAGUAACUGGAAGUGGAUUUCCAAUGCUAAUAAUUCUAGCAAAGUCAGAUUAUUGAUUCUAUGGGAUCCAAAUACUCUGGAUGUUAAUGUUGACAGGAUUUCUACCCAGCACAUCACCUGUUCAGUUAAAUCCUUGGAUGGUAGAAUUGAUUGUUUAAUUACCUCUAUAUAUGGUCAUAAUCAUCAAGAAAAUAGGAAGGCUCUUUGGCAAGAUCUUUCUCAAAUUCAACAAACAGUUGGGAACAAGGCAUGGAUUCUAUCUGGAGACUUUAAUGCCAUAACUGGGCAAGAGGAUAAAAUUGGUGGCCUUGCAGUUAUUGAAGCUGAAACUACUGAUUUUAGGGAUUUUAUUGACAAUUGUCAUUUGUCACAUUUAAAAACUGAAGGCUGCUAUUACACAUGGAAUAAUAAACAAGAUUCUAAUUUCAGGGUUUGGAGUAAAUUGGAUAGAACUUUGGUUAAUGAUUCUUGGAACAAUUUGCACAACUCUAGUCAUGUUGAGUAUCUUCCUCCCAGAUGUGCUAUGUUCUCUGUUGCUAGCAAACUGAAGCUACUGAAGAAUGCACUGAAGGAUUUAAACAAAAGGAGUUUUCACAAUAUCAGUGAGAAAGUGAUCAGGGCUAGAUUUAAUCUGGAAAAUGUGCAAAAUAAACUUCAGGGGGAUCCUCUCAAUACUGAUUUGAUUAACCAGGAAAAUGAAUGCUUUGCUUUGUACAACAAACUUUUAGACUUUGAACUAUCAUUCUAUCAUCAGAAAUCCAGAAUUCAUUGGAAUGUGCAUGGAGACAGAUGUACAAGCUUCUUUCAUUCUGUAAUUAAAGUUAAAAGACAUCUCAAUAGAGUAUCAGUACUAUAUAAUAAUGCAGGAUGCAGAUUAACUGAUGGUGAAGAGAUUAUUCAGGAGUUUAUUUCUUUUUAUAAGAAUCUCAUGGGCUCAUCUACAAAAACAUCUAGGCCUGAUGGUGAUAUUAUUUCAAAUGGUCCAUGUCUGGAUGAUGCUCAAGCUACUUCCCUGACUUCUCCAGUGUCCAAAGAGGACCUAUUGCCUGCUAAUGCUUUUGUGAGAGGUAGGAAAAUUUCAAGUAACAUCUUACUAGCUCAUGAGAUAGUGAAAAACUAUAGUAGAAAGAACAUCUCUCCCAGAAAUUUCAAUUGGGAUUUUCUAAAUGAUAUGCUUAAAGGCCUUGGUUUUCCAGUCAAGAUGGUUAAUUGGAUUAUGACCUGCAUUACUACUCCCAAGUAUUCCAUUUCUUUCAAUGGCACCCUUCAUGGCUACUUCAAAGGAGAGAGGGGUUUAAGACAAGGUGACCCCCUCUCACCAUACUUGUUCAAUUUGGGUAUGGAGUAUCUCUCAAGGCAGUUGGAUCUACUCAAGGAUAACAAGUCUUUUAAAUUCCAUCCUAGAUGUGGAAAUCUCAAAAUCACUCAUUUAAUCUUUGCGGAUGAUCUUCUCCUCUUCUCCAAAGGUGACCUUCACUCAGUUAAUAUGCUCUACAACUGUUUCAAGCAUUUUAGUGUUGUAUCAGGUCUUGAGGCAAAUCCUGGGAAAUGCAAGGCUUUUUAUGGAGGCAUUGAUGAUAAUUUGAAAGGCCUUAUUUCAAGGCUUCUAAAUUUCCCUCUAGGAGAUUUAACCAUCACAUAUCUGGGUGUUCCUCUGACCUGUAAACGACUAUCAUACAUGGAUUGCUCCACUCUCUUCAACAAGAUAACAGGCCAAUUCCAGAAUUGUUUGAAAAACAGGUUUCUGUCUUAUGCAGGCAGAUUACAAAUAAUCAAAAGUGUUAUCCUUGGUAUACAAAACUACUGGAUUUCAAAUUAUGUUCUGCCGGUGAGAGUGCUUCAAAAAAUUGAUGAAUUAUGCAGGAAUUUUCUUUGGGGCAGUUCUGAACAAGUUCUCAAAACUCCUCUUAUUUCAUGGGAUCAAAUUUGCUUGAAUAAGAAAUUUGGAGGCCUUGACAUCUAUUCUGCAUCUAUAUGGAGUAUGGCCUCAACACUGAGAUUGCUCUGGAAUAUUCAUGUAAACAAAGAAAAUCUAUGGAUCAAGUGGAAACAUGGUACAUAUUUAAAAAACUAUGAUGUCUGGCAUAUUCAAGCAAAAAAUAGUGAUUCGUGGAUGUGGAGACAGAUCUUGAAGGUCAGAGAUAAGGCCCUGGGAAUUUUGGGAAGUGUUGACAAUCUGAAGCUGAUUAUUCAGUCUUGCUGUAGGAAUUCAAAAAUACAACUGUCUGCUCUAUAUGAUGCUUUCUCCCCUGUAUCAAUUUCGGUGCCUUGGUUGAGGGGGAGAGGCUUUAAGCAAAAGCUAAAGAAGUUGGCUCUCACCUCGACAAUUUAUAGCAUAUGGAAUGAGAGAAAUGCCAGGAUUUUUAGGCAUGAAUUGAAGUCAACUGAUCAGCUGUUUACAGAGAUUAAAUUCAUCAUAUUUGCUGUUAUUCUCAAUGGUCCUUUUGCUGUUGAAAAUAGAGAAUGGUUAUGUGCUUGUAGGCUUGAGUAUAAGAGAUGUAAGUUGUAUUGA